AGUUGGUCGUGGAAUUCUCCAGGUUAGGGUUUCACCAUCCUCAUUUUCUCCAUUAAAGCUCUGAGCUUUCAGGUCGUGAAUCGAAUUAUUCUUUGCAUAUAUUGUCCUCGUUGUCCUUAAGGCCUGGGUUGUUGAUUUCUGGGGAGUUGGGAUCGUGUUUGGCGUUGAAUCUUUCAUCCAAUUGGAUGGGAGAUUGGGAUUUGUUUUGAUGGAGGUGUUGGAGGUGGAGUGGAGGUGUUAUCUGGGGCACUGAAAGCUUGGAUUUUGGCCAGAGUUGGUGUAAAUGGGUUGCUUCCAGUCGAAGGCUCGGAGGCAAUACCCGGGGUACGAGGAUCCAGUCAAUCUUGCGUCGCAAACUGCUUUCAGUGUCAGUGAAGUUGAGGCACUGUUUGAGCUGUUCAAAAGCAUUAGCAGUUCCGUAGUUGACGAUGGGUUGAUAAAUAAGGAAGAGUUUCACCUUGCUCUAUUUAAGAACAGAAAAAGGGAAAAUCUUUUUGCCAACCGAAUAUUUGACUUGUUUGAUGUCAAGCAAAAAGGAGUCAUUGAUUUUGGAGACUUUGUUCGAUCUCUCAAUGUAUUCCAUCCAAAUGCUUCGCACGAAGAUAAAGUUGAUUUUUCAUUCAAGCUCUAUGAUUUGGAUGGUACAGGUUUCAUUGAACGGAAAGAGGUGAAGCAGAUGCUAAUUGCACUUCUAUGUGAGUCAGAAAUGAGAUUGUCGGAUGAAACUAUAGAGAUGAUAUUAGAUAAGACCUUUUCGGAGGCUGAUGUGAAUCAGGAUGGAAAGAUUGAUAAAUUAGAAUGGCAGGAGUUUGUGUCUCGGAAUCCAUCAUUGAUGAAGAUAAUGACUCUUCCAUAUCUCCGGGAUAUAACAACAACAUUCCCAAGUUUUGUGUUCAAUUCGGAGGUGGAAGACAUUGCCACAUGAGAUAAUCUUUUAAAAGUGAUCACAGCUUCGAUCACAGUACAGAUGAACUCAUCUUCAUUUUCAUGAUGAACCUCUGUAUCAACAUUGCCAUGGAUUGUUUUUCAUAUUUUGUUGUAUAUGGGUAUGUAUAUGUAAAUUCCUUCACAUCCCGAAUGUAAUGUGUCUGCAGAGCUUGUCAUUGUUGCAAAUAUUGCAAUUCUCGGUUUUUUAGUUGAAUGAUGUCCCAAGUUGUACUCUUUUUUGGUUGAUGUUGUUGCCUUGUA